GAAAGCAGAGCAGCUUCAAACAAAGUGAAAGUUACAUUUUUACAUUUUUAAACCUGAAAACAAACUAUUUCCUCAUGUGGAUAUUUACAAACUCUGGAUCCGACUAUUCACUGGAUUUCAGUUUUUAAAUCAACUCACAAGGUGACAGAAGAAGGAACCGGGGCUCUCACCUGAACACCGGGGUCUUCCUCUUCCUCUCCCCGUCGGACCCGCGGCCUCCCCCGGCCUCCCCUCCCGGUCCCUCCGCCUCCUCCUCCGGUAGCAUGAUGUCUUAUCUCAAGCAGGCCCCGUACGGGAUGAACGGACUGGGCCUGAGCGGAGCCGCCAUGGACCUGCUGCACCCGUCCGUGGGAUACCCCGGGCACCCGCGCAAGCAGCGGCGGGAGCGCACCACGUUCACGCGCACGCAGCUGGACAUCCUGGAGUCCCUGUUCGCCAAGACGCGCUAUCCGGACAUCUUCAUGAGGGAGGAGGUGGCGCUGAAGAUCAACCUGCCCGAGUCCAGAGUGCAGGUGUGGUUUAAGAACAGACGAGCCAAAUGUCGGCAGCAGCAGCAGAGCAGCAACAGCGCCAAGGUCAAACCACUGAAGAAGAAGUCGUCUCCGACCAGAGAGAGCACUGGUUCUGAGAGCAGUGGCCAGUUCACGCCGCCGCCGGUGUCCACCGCCUCCUCCGCCUCUUCUGCUUCCUCGUCCUCGUCCGUCUCCUCCGGUCUCAGCGGUCCCAGUCUCAUCAGCACCUCUACCUCCGUCACCGCCCCGGUGUCUUCCAUCUGGAGCCCGGCGCCCAUCUCCCCGGCCCCAGCCCUGGCCACGCUACCCGACCCAGCAGCCCCCACCAGCGCCUCCUGCAUGCAGCGCUCCGUGACGUCCUCCGCCACAGGGGGGACGUCUUCCUACCCCGUGUCUUACGGCCAGACGGCGGCGGCGUACAGCCAGGGCUACCCGGCCUCUGCAUCAGGCUCCUACUUCGGUGGCGUGGAGUGCGGCUCGUACCUGUCGCCCAUGCACUCCCACCACCACCAUCCCCACCACCCUCACCAGCUCAGCCCCAUGACGGGCAGCUCCAUGUCAGGACACCCACACCACCACAUCGGCCAGACGUCAGGGCACCACCACCAUCACCACCACCCGCCGCACCACCAGGCGUACAGCGCGCCCAGCCUCGCCUUCAACUCCACAGACUGUCUGGAUUACAAAGAGCCGACGGCGACUUCGGCCUGGAAACUGAACUUCAACGCCUCCGACUGUUUGGACUACAAAGACCAGGCCUCAUGGCGUUUCCAAGUGCUGUGACUUCUCUUCUUCUGCGCUUUUAAAGAAGUGCUCUUCUUGUUUUUGAAGAUUCUUCAAACUAACACAAAAAAAGUUUAUCUGUGAACGAGCUGAGAUGUUCUCGACCAGGAUUAUUUUUCUAUUCCAGAACUCGAGACACAUGUAGAACUUCUGAUCGUCGGCGGAACCGGACGGAUCAUCUCAGUUCGGCUGAAAGAAAAACAAAGGCAUCGACUUAGAUCCAGGAAGCAAAAGAAUCAUAAAUGAGACUCUCGUUCGGACUAAAUCUCUUUUUCCAAACACUCGAUGCUGCUACGAUUCUCACGUCCCUGUUGUUUCUGUCUCAUUUUCCAACGUGAAUCUCGUCGUCCAGGCCGCAGGCGUCGUAGCUGGAGACUGAAUCACAGCACUUGUUUGUAAGGUGAAGACUUUUUCCUAUUUGUUCUUUUCAGAAAGAGAGAAAAUAAAAAAUGUGAAUGAGAUUAUUCCACUGAAAUUUGACAGAUGUACACGUUUGUGUCUUUAUAAUAAAAUCUUGUUAAAACAUGA